AUGCCGGUUCCCCAGGCCGAGGCCACCCCGGCCACCGGAGGCCCCGUGUGGGGUCCAGGCCCCGUGUGGUCACCCCAAAGCCUGCAGUUUGGGGAAGAGGGUUCUCAGCCGCCCCCCAGCCCUGGGGAGCACGCCUGUCAACUCAGAGCCUCACCCCGCCCCCUCGGGCAAGCCAACCGCAGCCUCAGACUUGAGGACUCUGAGAUUUGGAAUGGGGGGCGCCCACUCACCGUGGCCGGGAGCGGGGUGAGGCCCCUGCAAAACCACAGCUGCCGUCACGCAGGGCGUGUUACAAUGUGCGAAGGACCCCCACCGGCCUCGCGACACCUUCUGUCCACCUUCCGCAGGACGGCGGGGGGUCCUGGCCCCUGGCUGGGAACCGGCCCCCCAGAACGAGCCCCCCAGAACCGGCCCCCCAGAUCCGGCCCCCCAGAACCGGCCCCCCAGAUCCGGCCCCCAGAACCGGCCCCUCACAACCGGCCCCUCGAGCCUUGCGGGCUGUGGCUGCGGGCGCGGGCCCUGCAGGCUCCCCGGGCUCUGGGCAGCGCGUCAUGUCUUGGGUGUGCAGUUGGGGGCUGGGCCCGGGUUCCUGGGGCGGCCGGGGUGUCGGAGCGGGGGCUCCCAGGCCCGCGUGCAGUCGGGGGGGCCAGGCGCUGCUGCCCGCGCCCUCCACCUGCGGAGACCUGCGGGCCCCGCGGGAGCCGGCAGCCCCCCCAGCAGGCGCGUUCCCACGGGGGCCGCCGGGGGCCAGGGGCCCGCCCGUCCACGCAGAGGGCCCGGCUCCACGCGCUGCCCGGCUCCCCGCGCCGCCCGUCCACGCAGAGGGCCCGGCUCCACGCGCUGCCCGGCUCCCCGCGCCGCCCGUCCACGCAGAGGGCCCGGCUCCACGCGCCGCCCGUCCACGCAGAGGGCCCGGCUCCCCACGCCGCCCGUCCACGCAGAGGGCCCGGCUCCCCCGGGCCCGGCUCCACGCGCCGCCCGUCCACGCAGAGGGCCCGGCUCCACGCGCUGCCCGGCUCCCCGCGACGCCCGGCCCCGCCCCCCGCUCAGGCCCACGUGUGCGGGCUCCCGACCCUCCGCCGGGCCUCACGAGGCUCCACUUCCCCUUUCAGCCCGGCAGACAGGAAGCCCGGAGGUAAUUUUAGCUGA